AUGGCCGGCGCAGGGGCCCAGGCCCCGGGCUUUGCCUCCAGCUGCCCGCUGACAGCUGGGACCCCAGGUGGAAAGAGCCGUUUGGGUCUCUGUCCUGCAGGUGAGGGCAGGAGAAGCUGCUCAGUUCAGCUGAGCACUGACUCCGUGAACGCCGGCCGUUCUGUACCCAGGCCCACGUGGUCGACGCAGACCGCAGAGCGAGCGGGCUGGACGCCUCGUGAGGAAACGCACGGCUGGUGUCAGCCGGAUCCUGCUGCCCUUGGUGAGGCCGUGGCCUGGCAGGGGCUUGUCUGCGCCCCCGGGGAGCCCCAGGUGCAGCCGAGCUGA